AUGGCUACCGACGCCUCGCCGAAAUUCAAAAAAUCCGAUCUGAUAGCGGUCCCUCAGCCACCCGACUACCAACCGGAAAUUACAGUUUCGCCGGAGCACGACGGCCUCCACUUUUGGCAGUUUAUGAUCGCUGGAUCAAUCGCGGGUGUGGUGGAGCACAUGGCAAUGUUUCCCGUUGAUACAAUCAAAACCCAGAUGCAAGCCAUGGUCUCUUGCCCUGUUAAAUCCGCGAGCGUAAAACAGGCUGUACAAUCUAUUUUGAAGUCUGACGGGCCGAUAGGUUUUUAUCGCGGCAUCGGGGCUAUGGGUCUGGGCGCUGGUCCAGCCCACGCCGUUUAUUUUUCUGUUUAUGAAUUUUGUAAGAAGAGAUUUUCACGUGGAAAUCCAAAUAAUCAUGUAGCCCACGCUGUGUCAGGGGUUUUUGCAACUAUUGCGAGUGAUGCAGUAUUUACUCCUAUGGAUAUGGUUAAGCAGAGGCUGCAAUUGAGCAGUAGUCCUUAUAUGGGGGUGUGGGAUUGUGUAAAGAGGGUGCUGAGGGAGGAGGGAAUUAGAGCCUUCUAUGCGUCUUAUAGGACCACCGUUCUAAUGAAUGCACCUUUCACUGCAGUUCAUUUUGCCACCUAUGAGGCAGCAAAAAGGGGUUUGAUGGAGGUGUCACCCGAAAGUGUGAGCGAUGAGAGGUUGGUAGUUCAUGCCACGGCUGGAGCUGUGGCAGGAGCAUUGGCUGCUGCAGUUACGACCCCACUUGACGUUGUGAAGACCCAGUUACAGUGUCAGGGCGUAUGUGGAUGCGAUAGAUAUGUUAAUGGUUCGAUCAGGGACGUUACUCGAACAAUAGUGAAGAGAGACGGAUAUGUUGGUCUAAUGAGAGGGUGGAUGCCGAGGAUGCUCUUCCAUGCUCCGGCUGCUGCAAUUUGCUGGUCGACGUAUGAAGCUGGAAAAUCCUUCUUUCAAGAUUUAAACACUAGCAGCAAUGACAAUGUCACCUGA